AUGCAUUCAAUUCCCUUUCUUCUCCUCUGCCUGGCAGCAGUCUCACUUGCUGCCCCAACAGGCCUGUUCGACGAUGCGUACAACUAUUCCGGUGAUCUGGCCAAAUUCUAUGGCAAAGUGAGCCAGUACAUCCACGGCUCAAAGAACAAUGGCCUAUUCUCGACAUGUGACACCUCCAAGAUUGCCCUGCCCGGCUUUGCAUCCAACCUUACUAGUCCCGGUGAUCUGAAGCCGAUGUAUGUCGGAGUUGGACGGGGAACUCAGAACUAUACCUGUGCUGAUUCGACAGCCAAAUCUGAACCCAAGGCCGCUGGAGCGGUUGCCAACCUCUACAAUGCCACCUGCAUCGCCGCCAGCUACCCGGCUCUGAUGGAAAUUAUCCCCAAAAUUGCCUACGCUAUCCCAUUGCCACAGAAUGAGGAUAGUCUUUUCCCACCAGCCAACAUGGAGCUCAUGGGUCACCACUUCUUUUAUGACUCGAGCACUCCGGAGUUCAACCUCGACCUCUCCUCCAAGAAAAAUGGCAUUGUCAUGACCAAGAAGAAGGGUGAGCUCAACGCACCUAAGGAUGCCUUCAAAGGGAAGGAUGGUGCUGUGUCCUGGCUUUACCUUACUGCCACGGAUGGCACGGUGGGCGACUACAAGAGUGUCUACCGGGUGAACACGGCUGGAGGCUCCCCACCCAAGACUUGUCAGGGCUUGGAAUCAUCCUUUACAGUGCAAUAUGCUGCCAACUAUUAUUUCUUUGGGAAAUAG